GCUAAAAAUAUCUAAUGUUGAAAUACCUUGAAAAGUAAGGCUUUUCACUAAAAAUUAUGCGCGUCACUAUAAUGGAAUGUACUACGUCGGUUUAAUUGGAAAAACGCGAUGGGGGUGCGAGGUCAGUUGAGUGGACUCCCUCCACUAAUAGGUGGGUACGAUACAAUCUGUGCUGUGGGUUGUGUGCGAGAGAGUUGGCGGUGGCAGCGCCAAGCCGCCGACACACACGACAAGCCCGCCACCAAAGGCAGCAGCGCGCAGUCGAGCGAAGCUUGUGCGGCCGGCUGGUCAGGCGACUGUCGCGGCCCCCGCGACCUGAACCGCCCUCACUCUCGUUUACAGAUGGCAUUUAUCUCAUAGAAAGUUAGUCCAUGCAUCAUGGGCUGUACCAGCAGCGCUCCAAAUAUGGUCACAUCACAUGUAAACACUACAGAAAAAAUACUCCAAUUUCCGGAGGAAUCACAUGAGCAAUCAAUUGGGGAUGCAAACGUGGCCGUAAAUGCUGAUGAUGGAAUUGGAGAAUACGAAAAUAAGGUGCUUCCUUCGUGUGAUACUUUAGAUGAAUCUAUACAAUUAGAUAGAAAUAAUAAAUCAGUAAUUAACAUCUCCAAUCUGGAUAUGGAAAAAGAUACACAUACUAAUGAACAAAUGAUGGAGAACGAAAACACAGUUGGUAUGGCGGAAGAUGAUGAUGACAAAUUAUCCUCUUUACAAGAAGUUGUUGAAAAAGUAGUAGAAUUAUAUAUUACAGACAAUCCUGAAAGUGUGCAGGAUUCUUCCGACGAAAAAAAUAUUGUACAGGAGGAAUUAAAAGCAAAUUAUGUUACAAAGGCGGAAGAUCACAACAAAACUAAUGAAGACCCUGUAGAUGUUCAUAAAACAGAUACAAAUAAUGUAAUAAAUGAGAAAAUGGAAGAAGCCAUCAGUCCUAGUCAAUCCACUAGCAGUCGGGCGACUCGAUGGGAAGCAUUAGCAGACAUCGCAGCAGAAUUACCACCUUCGCUUACUGUUGAUCCGAUUACUGGCCAGAUUUAUGCGCUGUCAAAGUAA